GUUUCUCGUGCGCGGUCACAGUGCGUCUCUCCCGGGUGGGCGCCUCUCUCCACUCAUCUUCCUCACAGAAUAAUUAAUUAAUCAUGGAGCUAUUAGUUCGAUAUCUGGACCGGAGCAACUCAGUUAGCUCUGCCAUGACUCAAGAGACAAUCAAAGAGGAGAAGCUGAGAGAUGACCUGAGGUAUUACUUUAUGAGUCCCUGUGAGAAGUACAGAGCCCGGCGUCAUCUACCCUGGAAAAUGGGAGUCCAAAUUCUGAAAAUCAUUAUGAUCACCACACAACUGGUCCUGUUUGGCCUCAACAACCAACUGGUGGUUUCCUAUAAGGAGGAGAACACCAUGGCAUUAAAAAACCUUUUUCUAAAGGACUACAGUGGGGUGGAUGAGGAUGACUACUGCAUCGCAGUCUACACCCAGCAUGAUGUUUACGAGAGUCUGUUUUACGUCCUGGAUCAGUACAGCCAGCUGGGCGAACUCUCUGUCGGUCCCAUCAGUUACGCCGAGGAUGCAAAGGGGAAGCUGCUGCCUCUCAGCAUCUGCAAAGAAUACUACAAGAGAGGCAGCGUGGAGCCAUCAGACGAGACCUACGACAUUGACGCUCAGCUGGAGACGGUUUGUAUGUCUCAUGGUCCACUGACUGCCAACCAGUGGAAGGCCAACAAUUCCUCCUUCUUUGAUCUGGACUUUUACAGGCUGGUUGAUAUCAAAAUAACUUUCCAGUUGAAAGGAAUCAACCUACAGACAGUGCGCUCACGAGAGUUACCUGACUGCUACUCCUUCUAUGUUGCGAUAACUUUUGACAACCAGUGUCACAGUGGAAAGGUGAAACUCUUCCUGGACAUCGAUGCUCAGAGCAGCACCUGUCGGUACUGGAAGAUUUCUGGGACAGCUCAGAAGAACACGCACUAUCUGCUGGUCUUUGACGCUUUUGUUAUCCUGAUUUGCCUCACAUCGGCCGUGCUGUGCACACGCUCCAUCGUGCUGGCUGUCAGGUUACUUCAGAGAUUCUCCCGGUUCUUCCAUGAGAACUACAAUCGUAAAGUGUGUGAGGACGACCAGAAUGAGUUUCUAAACGGGUGGUACGUGUUGGUCAUUGUCAGCGACCUUCUGGCCAUAAUUGGAUCCAUACUAAAGAUGGAAAUACAAGCUAAGAGUCUCACAAGUUAUGACGUGUGCAGUAUCUUCCUGGGAACGUCUACUCUGAUGGUGUGGGUGGGAGUGAUCAGGUACCUGGGAUACUUCCAGAAAUACAACGUGCUGAUAUUGACCAUGAAAGCAGCCUUCCCAAAGGUCCUGCGUUUCUGCUGCUGUGCAGGCAUGAUCUACCUUGGUUACACCUUCUGUGGAUGGAUUGUACUUGGGCCGUACCAUGAGAAGUUUGAAGGACUGAGCCGCGUCGCGGAGUGCCUGUUCUCCCUGUUGAACGGUGACGACAUGUUCACCACUUUCGCCCAGCUGAAAGACAAAAACACCUUGGUGUGGCUCUUCAGCCGGGCGUACCUUUACUCCUUCAUCUCCCUCUUCAUCUACAUGGUGCUGUCGCUCUUCAUCGCUCUUAUCACUGAUGCUUACGAGACCAUUAAGAACUACCAGAAGAAUGGAUUCCCACUGACAGAUCUGCAGAAGUUUCUCAGAGAACAGAAGGACUUUCCAGUCAUAGAGGAUUGCAGUCAGACAGACGUUCACAUCAGAGGCUCCGUAAUCUGCUGUUGUCAACGAGUUCCAGUUAACGAUGACCUUAUUCUGAUCAGCUGACAUCAGUCCCGACCACACAUGAGAAGAUUCAGCGAGGAGGACGCAGGAAGCAGCACUUCACGUGUUUGAUAAAGAGCUGGACAUUAAAUGCUGUCACUGCAAAAUCCUGCAACGCAAAGUUACCUCUCUAGGAGUGGAACUUUUCAUUAUGUGCAAUAUGAAAGACCAAAUGAAUUUUCCUCACGUGUGUGAGUGACUAGAGCUGCAGAGCUGGGUUUAGCAAUAUUUAUUGGAAUUCAGGAAUUUUACUGGGCAUGAAAAAGUUUACCCAUGCAUUUCUUUGGCAGAGAAAGAUCUUUUUUGUUUGUCUGUUGCUAUAUAAAACGAUGCAAUGCAAUUUAAUGCAGUGUUAAAUGCAAUUUGUUCAUCAAGAGUUGAACUAAAGAUUCCAGUCAAGCAUAUUUCGCCUAAUUACAUGACUUUGAGGCACCAAUAAUGUAAAGUGUGAACAAACUUUAAUCACAGUGACUUUCCUGGAUGCUCAAAUAAAUGAAACGUUUCAGAGUUUUAUCUCAUCCACAGAAACAUUCUGUAACUGAAAUGAUCGCGAGGGAAGAUGGUUGUUUUGUUCACAACAAGUGCUUUAUGAGUCAACAUCAUCAUUUAAAGUACAGGCGAGUUAGCAUGUUUGGACAAGCUGAUAUAAAGUGUGAACACUGUGCUUCAUAACUUGAUUAAAUCAAAUGUGUUUCCUUCCCCUGUGUAAUUUGAUCGGGCUUGUUUGGAGGGCGUAACCUCCUGCCAUCUGGUGGGCUGUCGCUCUUUGUUGUUUUCCAAAACGUCUGAGUAACUCAGUGGCCCAUUACUUCUAAUAAUGAUACAUGUCAUAAAGUACCAACCCUCAGAAAACGCUUCCUUUGUGGCAGUGCUGAUGUUAUGGUUGUAAGAUUUGAUCUCAGAUGAUGACUUCAAGUCUAAACUGACACCAGAGUAAAGCAGAUCCUUGUUUUGAAAACAAGAACAGGCUUUUUUAUUCGAGGAUGUCCUUUGAACAAGUCUGUGCAGUUCAUCUCAUGUUAGCAAACACUGCUGUUGCUUUUCUCCACACCGUUAAUUAACACAGUCAACAUCUGCAUAUCCUGUGUCAAACAAAACAGAUAAAAGUAACAAUGAGCACUGAAGAAAAUACACAUUUUUUUAAUGCUUUUAUUGAAUGUAAAUGAAUAGAAAAUCAAAUCGGCACAAGACAAAACAACCGUCUUUAAUCUGAAAGGCAGUUGUGUUGAGUGCCAAUGAUAUAUCUAUCAAAGUCCAAGUUUAACUGACAGGAAACAGCAAGAGGAAAGGGUGACAGUUAUGACUGAACCUACACAGUGAUGUUUUCUGUUGUAAGCAGGGUUGCACCAUUUGUGUUUUGGAUCACAGCAGCUAGCAUCUUACAAUUAACCCAUUUUUGGCAGAAGCUAAAGGACAAAGUGACUCAACACAGUUACCUACUCUAUAGCAGAUUAAAUUAAAUUUUAAAAUGUCUUUACAGAUAAAGUGGCACUGGGUUGGAACACGUGUUGACAUGUUAGUUGAUUCUGCACAUUUGUGAUUAACAAAAAACAGUCAUAAACUGAACUUAUACACAAAAUGUUUUUGUAAUCAGAAAACUGUAUUUUCAAUUUCCCAUCUCAUUUUGUGACUUCGAUAGAGGAAAUUUUCAUAAUUGAUUACGCCUGUUUCUGGAUAACAGUGGUGCAAGCUGAAUGUACAGCCUACAUUCUAUAUUCACCUUUUUGCUGUAUUGUGCACUUUCUUAUAAGAAUAACAUACUGAUUUUUAUUUAUUUUUUAUUUUUCAGCCUUUCGUUUGAUCAUUCUUUUCUUUUUUGUUUUGUAUACUUUCAAAUUCAUCUUUUGGAAAAAAAAUGCUUAAUACAUAAAAAAACAUAAUUCUUGCAUUGCCUUUAAAUGAAUGAAAUUAUCUCAUGUAAAUGUGACAUUGUAGUGCAAAGAAUAUCAGCCAACAAGCAAAGACAAAGGAAAUCACCUCAUUUUCUAACACUGUUUCCCUGGCAUUGAGCCUUUUUUCAUGUCUUGUUUUUACUUUGUCUUCUUUACAGAGUUAAUUACUGUCGGUACAGAAUACAAUACACGUCUUCAGAUUUGUUUUUGGCAGAUCAUGUGUGCAAGUUAUAAAUGUCCACAGUGUGUAGACCAUUGUGGGUGGGAUUGAUCCACUGGUUGAAUCGGAAAAUAUUGUUUCAUAUAAACCCA